UCAGAGCUCCAGCAUUGACUUCCCAGCAAGCCAGGGAUUUGAUUUUAAUAAAGUUUUUCGCAAUGGAAGAAGAAAGACAGUUAAGAGAGCAGUAUGAUGAAAAACGUUCACAGGCGAAUGGUGCAGGAGCUCUGUCCUACGUAUCUCCUAACACUUCAAAAUGUCCUGUCACGAUUCCUGAGGAUCAAAAGAAAUUUAUUGACCAAGUGGUAGAGAAAACAGAAGAUUUAUUACAAAGUGAAGAAAACAAGAACUUGAAUUUAGAGCCAUGUACCGGGUUCCAAAGAAAACUAAUUUAUCAGACUUUGAGCUGGAAGUAUCCGAAAGGCAUUCAUGUUGAGACUUUAGAAACUGAAAAGAAGGAGCGAUACAUAGUUAUCAGCAAAGUAGAUGAAGAAGAACGCAAAAGAAGAGAGCAGCAGAAACAUGCCAAAGAACAGGAGGAGCUGAAUGAUGCUGUGGGAUUUUCUAGAGUCAUUCAUGCCAUUGCUAAUUUGGGAAAACUUGUUAUUGGACACAAUAUGCUCUUGGACGUCAUGCACACAGUUCAUCAGUUCUACUGCCCUCUGCCUGCGCCGUUCUUCUACGUGGGCCGAGACAGGCACGGUCAGGGAAGCUUCUCUUUGAAGGGUCAUCCUAGGACGCCGCCGCUGCAUCAGCAAGUUGUCGGGGACGGUCUCGAUGUUCACAGAGAGGGAGUGGCUGGCGCUCUGGCGCAGGGCCACCACCAAGGAGGCAGAGGGUAAGAAGGAGACCUUCAGGGUCUCUUCGGGGAGCAGCU